CUUUCGAACCGCCGACGCGAGCGGACGUUCAAAAAGUGAAACCGGUAAAAUCGGAGAUCGAAAGCGAGCGCGUGCGUGCGUGCUCAGCGGAAAAAGCGAACCGUUUCGGUUACCAAGUAUCUACUAACUACAAGAUCGAAUUUCGCCAUCGGGCAAAUUACUUGAGAUACAAAGUGCGGCUCCUCGUCAACAGUGUGUUUCGCCUGGCUUUUAUCGCGGACAAGAACUGAUAAAACGAGAAAAGUAUCUGGCGGAACUCGUUCUCGCAGCGCUCUGGUGCAAAUUGCCGAUCGCGGAAGGGAAAAACCAGCCGCAGCGCGAAGAAAAUCCGCCCGUCUAGACAAAGAAUAUAUCAUCUCUCAAAAGGGCAUCGCCAGCAGCCCGGCAGGUUUAUCUAUAUAGAUGUUGCAGCUUAUCAUCCGUCUUGUCUUUUGAGUGUUUGUGUUGGCCUGUACAUAAAUAAAGUGUGUACAGUGUAUAUAGUGGCACAAAGCUCGAGUGCGAACAGCUGUCGAGUGCCCUUGAGUGGGUGGCCGAGAUCGUCAUUAAUAGCAUCCGUAUCUGGAGGCCCCGGCCGCUCUCAGCUCCGCGAUCCGUGAUCCGCAGUGUUCAUCAAUUAUGACUGCCGAGACCCUCAAGCCGUUCAUAACGCCAACAAGUGCCAACGAUGGUUUUCCGGCCAAGGCGGUCAGCACGGCGACCGCCCAGCGACGCACCCGCCAGAUGAUCCCCUUUGUUUUGGGGUUCAUCGCUCUGGGCCUGGUCGUGGCCAUUCUGGCCCUAACGAUCUGGCAAACAUCGCGCGUUACGCAUCUUGACAAGGAGCUGAAGAGCCUGAAGCGAGUCGUCGAUAAUCUCCAACAGCGCUUGGGCAUCAACUAUCUGGAUGAGUUCGACGAGUUCCAAAAGGAGUACGAGACUAUGCUCAUCGAGCAUCCGAAAAAGGUGGAUGGCCUCAUGGACGAGGACGAGGAGGACGAUGACGAUGGUCUGGAUCCCCUGGCAGUUGGGGAGGAGGACGACGACGACGAUAGCUACAGUGCUCUGGACGAGGGUCUCCCGAACUACGAUGACUACGACUAUAGUCACCCUGAGUCCACUCCACCCACGUCGAAGACCACAGAGGAGACUGGCGGCGAAACGGACACUACCUCCUCCGCCUCCAAUGACGACAAUGUUUUCGAUGACUUUACCAGCUACAAUGCCCACAAAAAGAAGAAGGAGAGCAGGAAAUCUCGCUCGAUUGCCGAUGUUCGCCAUGAGCAGCAGAAUGUUGAGGGAAAUCGCACGGAGCUGCAGGAAAAGCCAUCCAAUGAGGCCGCUUCCAAGGGGAGCUCGAUUGCCCUUCACCAUCGUCGCAGAAUGCACACCCGCCAUCGUCGCCGGCUGGUCCGAAAAGGUGAAUCUCUUAUUUCAGCCAGAUCCCAGGACUCGCAGCCCGCCGCCCAUUUCCACCUGAGCAGCAGAAGGCGACACCAAGGCAGUUCGGGCUAUCAUGGGGACAUGUACAUAGGAGAUGACAAUGAGAACAACUCCUACGAGGGACACUUUCAGACGCGCGAUGGCGUCUUGACGGUGAUGCAUCCCGGCCUGUAUUACGUAUACGCCCAGAUAUGCUACAACAACUCGCACGACCAGAACGGGUUCAUCGUCUUCCAGGGCGACACUCCCUUCCUGCAGUGCCUGAACACGGUGCCCACGAACAUGCCCCACAAGGUGCACACCUGCCACACCAGCGGGCUGAUCCACCUGCAGGGGAACGAGCGCAUCCACCUGAAGGACAUCCACAACGAUCGCAACGCCGUCCUGCGGGAGGCGAACAACCGCAGCUACUUUGGCAUCUUCAAGGUGUAAGGUGGUGUGAGAUUACCCCUGGCCAGAGGAGAUGGUGCCAGCCCAAGCUUUAGCAGUCCCCGCAACUGCUCGUGAAUGCGAUCCGCCGCCAGCGUGGAUCCAUUAGUUCGUAGUCCCUAGUCUUAGUCACUCAUAACCUAAUCUCAAUCCGAUUCAUUCUGCACGAAAAUCAUAUUUAUUUUGUAUAUACUCCUUCGACUUUAACCGUACGAUGAAAAAGUGAAUAAAAACAUAGUUUAACUUU